AACCUUCGUGACCCUCUUGAGAAACGUAAGAACAAGCUGGCCGAGUCUCUUCAAGGUAAUCAGCUCUUCAGAGACAUUGAAGAUGAACUUGCAUGGAUCAGAGAGAAAGAGCAGGUGGCUGGCUCUACAAAUCGUGGUCGUGACCUGAUAGGUGUCCAGAAUCUCAUCAAGAAGCAGCAAGCGCUCAUUGCUGAGAUCGCCAACCAUGAAAGUCAAAUUGAUGCUGUCUGCAAAGCGGCUGAAGAUAUGAUUCAGCAGGUCCUCGCAGUCGGACGCACUUUCAUAACUUUGUACAGUUUGAUAUCAUCGGCAUACAUCAAGCAUUUGACCCCAAAUCCUGACAAGGAGGUAGGGAGGCAGGCCGUAUAA